AAGCACUGCACCGCACCACGUCUGACAUCGGCACCCGGGCCUGGCCCGGGCGGGGCGGAACCACAGGUUGCCCGAUGGGGAAGGAUGGAUGGACGGAUGGACGGAUGAAUGACUCUCUGCCCCGCUAGAGACGACCGAGCUGGUCUCAGGGAAACCGCAAGUGCCGGCAUGGAGACCCCGGCCCCGGGGCCCUCCGUGGGCGUGGCCAAGGCCUCGGGCCGGGUCAGGGCCUUCUUCGAGCAGCUGUGGGCCACGGUGCUGAUCAAGCACCAGGAGGGCGUGUACAACACGGUGUGCCUGGGCCUGGUGCUGGCGCUGCCCCUGCUGACGCUACUGACGCUGUUCUUCAUCUGCUGCCACUGCUGCUGGGGCAACGGCCGGAAGGGGAAGAGGAGGAGGAAGAAGAAAAAGAAGAAGGCGGAGGAAGACCUCUGGAUCUCGGCCCAGCCCAAGCUCCUGCAGCUGGAGAAGAGGCCGUCGCUGCCCGUCUAG